AUGGGUAACGACGGAGGCAGUAUUCCUACGCGACGCGAGCUGGUCAAGGAAGCCGCUCGAAACCCGACUGCCACUGAACUCAAGGAUAAGCAGAAAGAACACCUCGCACAUCGAUGGUCACAAUGUCCGGUAUCGCACAGACCGCUCGCCAAACCAAUAGUCUCAGACUAUUCAGGGGACCUCUACAACAAAGAUGCCAUCAUCCAAUUCCUCUUGCCGGCCGAAGCCAGUUCGAUAGACAAGCAAGAAUAUGAGAAGUUUAUACAAGGACGUAUCAAGAGCCUGAAGGACAUUGUGGAAGUCCACUUCGAGGUCGAGCAUGACGAACAAAGAAAGACAGAUAAAUGGAUUUGCCCAGUCACAUCAAAGGAGCUGGGACCAAAUGUCAAGGCGGUCUACCUGGUGCCCUGCGGCCAUGCCUUCUCGCAAGAGGCCAUCAAAGAGAUGAAGAGUGAGGGGAAAUGUGUCCAGUGUGCUACACCAUAUGAAGAACGUGAUGUCAUCCCUAUACUGCCCAGUACCGAGAGAGACAAGGCCUUUGUGAUGGAGCGCAUGGACACUCUCAAGUCGCUGGGGUUGACCCAUUCUCUAAAGAAGGCGAGUGGAAGCAAGAAGCGAAAAGCAAAUGGUGAAGGCAAAACCGAGUCAUCAACCGGACUUUCUGGAGAUACGAAAGAAAACAAGACGAAUGGCGAGAGCAAACCUGCUGCGGCAAGUAUCUCACAGACGGGGACGCCACAGUCUGGGACGUCAACACCGAGAAGUGCAAGUGGUAUAAAGAACGCGGCGACGGCAGGUCUCACCGCUCGCGUCCUCGAGGAGGAAGAAGCCAGGAAAAAGAGGCGACGCGAGAAUGAGAAUAUCAGCUCCUUGUAUACCACAAAGUCUGAGGGACAGGGGAGUAGAGGCCGUGAUUUCAUGACCAGAGGCUUUACGAUCCCAGCAAAUGCACGGCAUCAAUAA